AUGACCCUGCGUCACGUCAGCCGAGCGUUCUUCGCCUCCACCGGCCUCUCCUUCGCCGCCACCGAACCCAAAGUUCGCGCCGCCUACGACGAUUGCCUCGAGUUAUUGGAGGAGUCGAUGGACGCGCUCUCGCGAUCCCUCGACUCCAUUCUCUCACCCUUGGAGAUUUCCAAUGGCGCUGUCGGAUCCACCGACGACGUGAUAACGUGGCUCAGCGCCGCGCUCACUAAUCAUGACACGUGUGCGGAGGGGUUUGAGGACACGAGCGGGAGCAUGAAGGACCAGAUGGUUGAUAACUUGAAGGACUUGUCUGAACUCGUGAGCAAUUGUCUCGCGAUAUUCUCGGCGAGCGGAAGUGGCGAUUUCUCGGGGGUGCCGAUUCAGAACAAGAGACGAUUAAUGGAAGAGGAAGAAGAAGAAGAUGAAGAAACUGAAGGGAAUGUUAACGGCGAUAUCCCGGGGAAAUUCCCGAGAUGGUUGAAUAAACGUGAUAGAAGAUUAUUGAGUUUACCAGCGUCGGCAAUUCAAGCAGAUAUAAUCGUAUCUAAGAAUGGUAACGGAACGGUGAAGACAAUUGCCGAAGCGAUUAAGAAAGCUCCAGAACAUAGUACUCGUCGGUUCAUCGUCUUCGUGAGGGCAGGAAGGUAA